GCUUCGGCCUUCCGUUUAAAAAAUAUCAAAUUUAAGUAUAAUCUAAAUUCCAAAAACCCAAAAUCCAAGGUUGAGAGUUCCUUAAAAUUUGGAUUUAACCUAACAUCAUAUUACGGCGGUACAGAAGUUUUCAAUACGAAGAGGAAAGGAAACUCUGAAAUCAAAAUCAAAGAUGGGUAAUAUGAUUUCUUCUUCUUCCUCCAUACAAACUAGAACCAAAACCAUGACAAUGCUUUCUUCUUCCUCCUUACAAACUAGAACCAAAACAGUAACUAUGCUUUCAAGUAAUGUUUAUUUACCAGAUGAAUGUUGGGAAUAUAUCUUCAAAUUCCUUAUCAACCACGACACCAACGACAUCCACAGUCAUCUGAAGCCUCUUUCCAUCGUAUCCAAACAGUUUCUCUCCGUCACAAAUCGUCUUCGAACAUCUCUCACUGUCUAUAAUCCAACAUGCCAGCUCUUCCGUAGAUUCUCCAACAUCUCCUCCCUCAGUCUAUCCUCCUUCUACGACGGCCUCUUCGGUAGAUUCUCCAACAUCUCCUCCCUUAACCUAUCAUCCUACUACGAUGGUGAUCUCGACGAUAUUCUCCUCCAAAUCUCUGGAUUUCCAUUGAAAAUCACAUCACUCAAUCUAUCUAACCAACUCAAGAUUCCAACGAAAGGAUUGCGAGCUUUCUCCAAAAACAUUACAACUUUGACAUCUCUCAAAUGUUCCAACAUUGCUACUCUUUAUGACACCGACAUGUUUUUCAUUGCCGAUUGCUUCCCUUUGCUCGAAGAACUUGACCUCAGUCACCCUACUCGCUUCAAAUAUGACAAAACUGCAUUCCUCUUUGCACAGGAUCUUUCAUUGGCACUGUCCAAACUCCGCAAAGUUAACCUCUCUCAUAAUUACUUUAUCUCCGACGAAUUAAUAUUCCACUUGUUCAAGAACUGUAAGCUUCUCCAAGAGGUUAGCAUCACUAAUUGUUGGGGCAUAACCCUGUCUGGCAUUGCAGCUGCUCUCCGCGAGAGGCCAACAUUGAGGUCUUUUUCUUCUUGCUAUUCCUUAUCAUGGUGCUUUUCCGACCCCCUUACUUCACCUUUCAUUCACUCAUUGGUGAGUUUGAAGGGUUUGACUUCACUUAAUUUGUUCGCUUGGAGGAUAUCGGAUGAGUUGCUCUCCUCUAUUGCAAUGGAGGGUCUUCCUUUGACAAGGCUUGAUCUCCCAAAUUGUAAAGGCUAUAGUUAUACCGGACUAUUUACUUUGCUAUCCAAGUCUCCACGUAUACAAUAUUUGAAUCUUAAAGAGGCUCGUUUUUUGAAUGAUCAACGUGUUGCCGAGUUGUCUUUAUUUCUUGGUGAUUUAAUGUCUAUAGACCUUAGUCGUUGUGAAAGACUCACAGAAGCAGCCAUGUUUUCACUAGUUAGUAAAUGUCCUUCACUUAUUGAGAUCAAAAUGGAAUUCAUGUCUAUUGGAAAAGAGAGUGUAAGGAAUUCUAAUUCUUCGAUGGAUUGUAUUGUAAACUCUCCAUUAAAGUCUCUCUAUUUGGCAUUUUGUAAAGGGUUACAAGAUGAAACUAUCGAAAGGUUUUCUUCCAUUUUCUCCAAUUUGCAGCUACUUGAUUUGUAUUCUUGCCAAUUUAUAUAUGAUGAAGGUAUCGAUCAAGUGUUAAGGAGAUUUCGUAACAUUAGACAUUUGAACUUAGCCAAUUGUUCAAGAGUGGACCUACUUGUUGGAAUGAACUUUGAACUUCCUAAAUUGGAGGUGUUGAAUUUGUCAUGUACAACGGUUAACGAUGAAACACUCUGUGCAAUCUCAAAGGGUUGUCGUGGGAUUUUGCAAUUGAACCUUGGAAAUUGUCAUUAUGUCACAUGGAAAGGGGUGAAAUAUGUGGUUGAAAAAUGCACACAACUAAGAGAGAUCAAUUUGAAGAAUUGUCGUAAAGUGCAUGAUAAAUUUUCCUCGAUGUUAUCAUCAAGCCCAUUUUUAAGAAAGAUAAUUGCUCCACCUCAUUUUUCUCGGGUCAUGGAUGCCGUAUUUACUAGCAUUCUAAAAGUACUCUAUUGAAGUUUAAACUCUUGAAUGUGUGUUCUUCUAUAUGAUGAAUCUGAUCCAUGAAAUCACAGUUGACUUCAAAAUUCAAAUAUAAUUAUUGGACAAAGUAUUCAUUACGUAUAACUAAUACAAAUCAUAAAUUUCUGCUACAUAU